UGGUUUUUUCUUGUCUCAGAGAUUGAUCUGGAGAUGUCUUCCCCGACCAAGCCAGAGCCGACGUGUCUGAUCAUGUCACUCCCAGACGAAGUUGUAGUUGACAUCAUAGCGCGUGUCUCCACACGCUUUCAUCCGUCCAUCUCUGCCGUCUGCAGGCGUUUCAGAUCACUUGUUGCGUCGCCUGAACUUUACAAGGCGAGAAGAUCCUUGUUGGGAUGCAAUGAACAUCGUCUAUAUGUUAUUCUCCAGAGCUUCGGUGAGAAUUCCGAAACCCGUGUAUAUAAUCUCCGCCGAAAACCCGACGGGGGUCACCGCUUGGUCCUUGUCUCGUCGCUUCCUGCUAUGCCUCACGAAGCAAGCUUUGUAGUGGACGGUUCAAGGAUACAUGUGUUCGGUGGGUUUAGCCUUUAUGACCGUAGUGAACGGAAUGCGUUAAGCAUAGACUGCAGAUAUCACACGGUGCAGCCCUUACCAACCAUGCCUAAACGCAUGAUUGGCACUCCUCUCGCUCACGUGAUGGAUGGGAAGAUCUACGUGUUUGGAUAUACUAAUUAUUACAACAAGGUCACGGCUGUGUUCAAUACGUUGACACAAACGUGGGAGCCUGAGAUGACAAAGCCACGCAUCGAACUACGCCAUGUGUUGAAUGGACCGGAUGGUUAUGUUAAUAGCAUUGUUUACGAUGGUACCAAGGAAACUAAAUGGGAAACGGAGUGGAUGCUGAAGUUCAACAAGUGGAAGAGCGUGUGUGUCAUUGAUGAUGUGUUCUACUCCUAUGAUUGUCUUUACAACAAGUUAAAAGCCUAUGACACAAAACUUAGGUGUUGGAGUGAGGUGAAAGGUGUUAAAACAUUGUUGCCCACUAACAAAAGUUUAGUUUGGUGGCCACGCGUUGUGAAUUACGGUGGGAGCUUGCUUUUCUUGUAUCAGAAAAGGAUUUGUAGAAUAGAAGAGCAUUGGUGUGCGGAGAUUGCAUUGGAAAGACGUCAAGAUGGUGAGAUUUGGGGUAAAGUCGAGUGGUCCGAUGUUGUAAUUGUCGGUGAUUUUUGCUUAAUAGAAUCUCUAGUUGCUACGUUUUGAUGCAUGUUCUCUAGAUGCUAUGUUUUGAUGCAUGAAGCUCUCCUUCAUAUUACUUAAGACUGUGCUUUUUUUUUUUUUAGUUUGGGUAUUUUAAAACUACGAAGAGGCUCAUACUAAUUCCUCAAGGGAAAGUGUAAUUCAUGGAAGCAUCAUCUCAUAUAUGUUUAGCCACACAAAUUUAGUGUUGUAGUCCAUAUACGAGUAGUCCACCCAGUGUGGUUAACUUAUUGUGA